AGUACUUAACCAUUCAUUCGCCUGACAAGGGAAAUUUCCCUUGGAGUUAUUUCAAUUCAUCGAUAUUUUUAUGAGAAAGGUUAAGAAAGCAAAGAGUAAGUCAUUUUCAUUUAGCUGUGGAUGGUCGUAGAUGUAUUUCUGGUCUCUUAUCCGAGUCAAGAGAAGGACUCUAAAACUAUCUUUACUCUAACGAGUUGCAUAACAAAAUUUGUUGUCACGCGAUUUUUCACAUCACAAAGCAACAACACUCCUAUUCAGGAUUGCUUAAACUGGGACUGAAGGCAUAUCAUUUGAUCUGGCAUCUUUUGAGGUAAUUAGCUGAUACUAAAAUUCACUUCCAUCCACUUCACAUUCAUUGCUUGUGACUCUUGACGUUCGCCGAUUGUCAGACUGGAUCGAUCACAUGUUUAAAUAUUCCGAAUGAAGAGCGCGCAGUACCGACGUUUUAGUCGGCAAUAUGUUUGACUCUACAGUGGAACCCCGCUCUACGGACACCCGCUUUAUACGGACAGUUUCGUUUGUCCCGACAAAAAGCUCAUAUAUUUUCUCUAAAAUUAACCCGCUUUAUACGGACACCGGUUAAUACGGACAACGGACACUUUUCUUUGUCCCGAGUCACAAACUCUCACAUAUUGUCAACCCCGCUUUACGGACACUGGUUAUCUGCACACUGUCUAUUUUCAUUGUCACAAUUAUGUGAUAAUUGUAGACAUUGUACCCUGUUCAAAUAAUGACAGAUUUUUAAGGGUGAAUAAAAUUUUAUUACAGUAUUAAAAAAAUCAGUAACAAAGUAGCGUGGCAUAUUUGAUUUUGAACAGUCUGUCUUUCUUCCGGUGUUUGACUCUUAUACUACGUAUAGUGCUUCAAUAAAGUUUUUUUCCUCCUGUUACACAAGUUUCACUUCCUUGGCUUUUUGUUGCAGUCAUUGCUCUUAAAGUAAAGUCACAGACUUUUUCAAAUGAAUCCACUGUCGUGCCUGUUUCAAUAACAAUACUACAAUACUUAAAAGAUUUUACUCUGAGACUAUGAUGAAUGAUCGUGAGGUUUCUUUAGGAUGAACUUGUUACUGUUACAGUUAAGAAAUUAACGUUUUAUCGUAAAACUGUCUGCUUUGGUCUUUAUAUCGAUAAAACAUGUGUUCCUGACGUUUUCUCUGAGAGCCCGCUUAAUACGGACACCCGGAUAAUAUGGACACUAUGGCAUGUCCCCUUGGUGUCCGUAUUAACCGGGUUUCACUGUAAAUCUUAAAAGUUGUUUCGACUUUAUACAUCUAAGAGCAAAAUAACGUUUAAUAAAUAAAGUUUAUGUUGUCUGGAUAAAUUUAUUGACAGGUACAUGUAAAUCGAGUCGUCAAAAAUGGCUUACGCGCCAGAUCCACCGGAAGUCAACAUGGCCCUGCUCAAGACAAAGGACCUAAAGGGCAAGAGCAUAAGUUGGGAGAAUAUAGAGCUCCCGAUAGACUUUCUGCUGCUGACAGUGAAAGAAUGCGAGUUUUUAAGUAGCCUUUCGUUCCUGAAUCGUGGAUUUANACUUCCUUGGCUUUUUGUUGCAGUCAUUGCUCUUAAAGUAAAGUCACAGACUUUUUCAAAUGAAUCCACUGUCGUGCCUGUUUCAAUAACAAUACUACAAUACUUAAAAGAUUUUACUCUGAGACUAUGAUGAAUGAUCGUGAGGUUUCUUUAGGAUGAACUUGUUACUGUUACAGUUAAGAAAUUAACGUUUUAUCGUAAAACUGUCUGCUUUGGUCUUUAUAUCGAUAAAACAUGUGUUCCUGACGUUUUCUCUGAGAGCCCGCUUAAUACGGACACCCGGAUAAUAUGGACACUAUGGCAUGUCCCCUUGGUGUCCGUAUUAACCGGGUUUCACUGUAAAUCUUAAAAGUUGUUUCGACUUUAUACAUCUAAGAGCAAAAUAACGUUUAAUAAAUAAAGUUUAUGUUGUCUGGAUAAAUUUAUUGACAGGUACAUGUAAAUCGAGUCGUCAAAAAUGGCUUACGCGCCAGAUCCACCGGAAGUCAACAUGGCCCUGCUCAAGACAAGGGACCUAAAGGGCAAGAGCAUAAGUUGGGAGAAUAUAGAGCUCCCGAUAGACUUUCUGCUGCUGACAGUGAAAGAAUGCGAGUUUUUAAGUAGCCUUUCGUUCCUGAAUCGUGGAUUUACCAAGAGUUAUCACAAAAGAGUAGGAUAUGUGUACUUUGGGUAUAUUGGUGAAUAUGAAGCCAAGAAACUAAAAAUUGCCUUGAUAAAAUGCAAUGCGGGCUCUGCCGGUCCUGGAGGCUCCACUGUUGUUGUUAAAAAUGUCGUCAGUGCCUUAAGGCCUAAAGCUGUUAUCAGCGUGGGGUACUGUGCAAGUUUGAACCACCAAAAUGCCAAACUAGGAGAUGUUGUAGUUUCAGCAAAUCUAACAACAUACGCAGCUGCAAAAAUCCAAGAGAAUGGUGAUAUUGAGGAGCUUGGUCACAGUGUGCCCCCAAAAAAGCAUCUUUCGGACCUUAUAAAAAGUGUUGAUGAAGGCUGGGAAGCACCUCUAAAAAAUCCAGGUGAAUUAGACGUGAAGGUAGACCGCGAUGGGGUAUUUCUGAGUGGGCCUGAAGAAGUCCAAAGCAAGAGGCGAUGCUCCCAACUCAGAAAGCGGUUCCCAAAUGCUGUUGCAAUAGAAAUGGAAGGAGAAGGUAAUAGCUAGUAAUCAGCAGUUGUUUCUUGACCUCUGGCCUUGCAAAAACGUUUCGUAAAGGAUGCCCUUUCUGAAGAGCCUAACGUGAUUUUCUUUUUAUGGCACUUGCUGUAUUUUUAGGGCUUUACGCAGCUGCAUACGAUCUAGACAUUGAGUGGAUUAUUAUAAAGGGUAUCUCUGAAUACGCGCACAGUAGCAGUCCUCCAGCGGAUUCUUGGAGACAAUUUUCCAGUGUAAUGGCGGCUUCAUUGACUGCUCACAUGCUUAAAGAUCCCAUUGUAUUCCAAGAGUGGCGUCAUUAUGGAGGUAAGGCUUGA